AUGGACAAAAAGAUUGCUGUCGGAAGUGGAAGUCAACGGGAGGAUGAGAAACACGUGGCACGUGCCUGCGUGUGUGGAGAGAAAUUAGGGAAGAGUCAACCACUGCUAUACAUGGCUUUCAGUGGUGGCACACCUUUGCGUAAUAAUGCUCUAAAACACGCUACCAAGCAUCCCCCAAAACGUGCCUUUUUGCUCAAGGACUACCUCAGGGACGACCUCAGUUCGUGUUCAUCCAACGGUUUUAAAUCGUUGCCGCGCCGACAAUGCUGCACCACCGUGGGAUUCUUCGUGGAGAAAGAUCUCCAACUCCAACGCAGAACGAGAAACACACUCCCUCGACGUCGACGAUCCACCGUGUCGGCUCUGCAGAGAGCUUCCGGGGCCGUAAUCAACGCGAUAAAGUCGCUGCCGAUGUCACAAAAGAAUGGUAGAGCGAAGAAAUGUGUUACUGCUGGUGUUCUCUGCAGAAGCCUUUCGAAGAAGCUGUUGAGUAGAAGCUUCUGGAGGAAAGCAACUGCAGUGAGGGAAGAGAGAAGCGAAGGCGUGCCUCGGAGGAGGACAUCUUUCCGCGAACUCAUUAUGCAGGAUCAGGAACAUUAUAAAGCGACGUCGUUAAAUGAAGAUACUGUAUUAGCUGCCUCGAGCUUCACCACUUCUUCUGCUUGUGGCAGUAACAGUUGGGGAGAGAGCGAAUUCACGUUUGCAUCUACCGGUGCUUCCUCCGAGACCUUCAAUGAAAUCUACCUCCUGCUUGAGCCCACCAAAGAGGGUGCACCACCUCCCAAGGUAGAACAAGUAGUAACCAAGCUGGUAGCGUGA